AUGGCUGACCAAUAUCCGAAUGGCUCAACCACCCUCCCCCGGGACUUCAGAUUCCACCAUGCGGAAGAGGGACCCCACACCCCGGAACCUAUGACCGCCGCACAGGAACCUGAACCACCUUCGCCUCCUCGCCAACCGCGUUUUAAAGUCAGGCGCCGAAAUGCUUCAAACUUGCAAGCCCCUACCGAACAAUUUCUUGCUUCAGUUGAAGCUGCCGAUAUUCCAAUUCCAAGUAUUGAACUGCCACAAUUGAUCACACCUGGAGACUCGGAGAUGAGAGACGUUGAUGCCACAGAAGACAAUAUAACCGACUCGGUGGGAUUCCUAGCUCCCGAAUUCCAUAACCCCCGAUCGGGCUCUCCACCGAAGACACCGAUGCCUACACGUCCUAUGGAUGAUACUUCUACUACUCACCGACCAAACUGGGCUAUGGGUGCUACUGCCUGGUCUCCAGACGAUUCUCUCCAUCGACCCACAUCGUCGAACUCAAAUGCAUCUUAUUUCUCCGAUGACUCGUUCUACAGCUGUAGCAGGGCCUCCCGACCUUCUGAAUAUAGCACGUGCACCAGCCCCGAGUCGGAUUUUGAACGCCCUUUCCAAUUUCCAUCGACCUCGAAGGGAAAGAAUAAGGCUCCCUAUCUUGGGGAAGCUACUGAGUUUGCAACCUUGAACCAGAACUUGCGUAGCAAGACACGAGCCGAUGCCCCUUGGACAAAGGCCAUGAACACUCAUUUGUGGUCAACCUACAUGCUGUACCUCCAGGAUCCCACUGUCACCCCAUUCAGAUUGGGCGCCAAUGUUGUCCCCCCUGAAGGAGUUUGUCGCCGGGUUGCCAGAGUGGCGAAGAGGAGCUGGAAAGGCCCAAAACUGGUGACUGCAGCAACUCGUCGAGCCGAAAAAUUGGGCUACUCAUCUCCACGCGCUUCAGACAAGAGUGGAAGCCUUACCCCCAAGGGGCCGACUUCAAACGUAUUUGCAGCUUGGCCCCAUUCGGCAUCUGCAACUCGAAACCAUCUCCGGGAGCUUUGCAAGGGCAAAGGAAACAGUGCUGUGCGACAUGGUCGUCAUCUACAAUCUCGCAGCCCUACGCCCUUUACCAAACCGACAUCCUCCAACUUUGCUCGGCUAUGUACUCCGGAACCACGAACCAUGUCCUCCUUCAGCACCCAGGAUAUUUCGCUUUCGCUGACCACUAGCACAUCCAAGACCAUGCAAGCCGACGGCCCCCUUGCCCAGCUAGCGAGCGGAAACUCGGCUGGCACUACACCUCAGGGGUUCAAACCAUCUACUUACCAAUAUCCGCAGUGUUUGGGCCUUGAUGGAACUCAAGAUAUCGUUGACAAUGUAGGAGAGGCUAGCCACAUUCGCAGAUUGGGCUCGCCGUUUGUUGCUCGUACGUAUGGCCCGAGUUCCUCUCAGCUCCAUCCCAAGGACAGUUCUUCUCCACUACCAUCCUCUGGCACCGCUGGCCCCUACCUUCGGUCACCUUUUCCAUUCGGAAACACGCGGUCCCUGAACGGCACACAGAAGAGACGAGCCCAGGACACAUUGGAUGAAGAGAUGAACCCCAACGGGGCUGUGGUCCGACCUAGCAUUCUGGACCAGCAGCUAUUCGGCAAGCCCUUCGGGCAUUCGCGUCGGGUCCGGAGUCGGGGAUUCUCGCUGGGUGAUGAGGCCCUCCGUCGCCGCGCUCCUGUCUCCCAAUCUUCACCCCCGCCCAAGUUCAACCUUGCUUCCAAUCCCGAGCCUCUCAUGACGGAUUUAGGAGCCAGUCUGCAAACCCCCACCUCGCAUCUUCUUCCACCCCCCACUGUCGAUCCACCUCGCCUCGGGUCUCCGUUCGCAGAAUCUGGGCCAAGUCAGACCUUCCCUCGCCGUGUACCCAAUGACUUCCAGGCCACGGUUAAGCGGAAUCCCUACGCAACAAUGCAUCAGACCCGUCACUCGAUCGAGUCUUUUGAUUUCGGAGAGGGCCCAAGCCUUCAGAGUCGCCUUGAGGAGCUUGACAAGAAACUCAAGCAUAUGCAGGAGCGAAAGCAGUAA